AUGAGUGCUAAGGGUUUUCUACCAGAGGUGGUGAACGCAACCACCGGUAAACUAGAGAGUGGGCAGCCGUCGUUGCUCUGCAAGCAGAGUAUGUUCGCGCGCUGGCAGCACGUCGUCAAGCGGCUGCCGCUGCUGCCGCAGGACAACAAUAUCGGGAUAGAUCCGGUGGAGAUGCCUGAAGACAUGGAGCACUUAUUGUACAACGAGGCGAAGCAGCUCUGCCCUACUUAUCAGGUAGCAAAACAGUGUCUAAUCGACGCGUUCGACAAAGCCAAACUAGGUAGGUGGGUGAAGAAGCCGUUAGAGCAGGAUCAGUUUGCGUGCGAAGUGGCCGAUGCGCCGGCGCACGUGCUGUUUGCUUAGGCGGGCCGCGCGCUGUCCGCGCCGGGGGGGGUGGCGGCGGCUGGAGGGGGCG